ACAGCUCUAGUAAACAGGCGAAAAAAAAAUAUAAUUGUCAAUGCGAAUAAGUGUAUGUUAUUUCUAUUUAAUUUGUAUUGUUUGCCGGUGUUGGAGAGGCUCCGGAGUGUACUCGGUCAAAAAAUCAAUAGGAUUUUCCUCCUAAGCUUAAACCCGAACUGCUAAUCGUUUUACCUGAAACCCGAUGUGUGCAUGUGUUUGUGUUCGUGUGUAUUUUUAUGCACAUGCAAUUUUAUGCUCUUAACCAAGUUUGCAAAAAAAAUUAACUCCUCGCGUUAAGUUAAACGAGUGCCUCGGAUUAUUAUUUUUGUUUGCUUUGGUUUUAAAGUGACAUUUACGUAUUGCGGCAAUUGAGCGAUUUAACAUCCUGCAUGUACAUAUGUACGUAUGUAUGACUGUAUGUUGGCACAAUUCCGCGGUGAAACAGACAACCUAAAAUCGUGGUGCUCUUUAUUCCGGCGCUUGAUUCAGCUCGUGUUUAACAAUGUCGGUGCACUACAAAUUUAAAAGUACACUCAACUUUGAUACAAUUACCUUCGACGGACUGCACAUUUCCGUGGCCGACUUGAAGCGGGAGAUUGUGCAGCAGAAGCGGCUGGGUAAAAUAAUCGACUUUGAUCUUCAGAUCACAAAUGCGCAGAGCAAAGAAGAAUACAAGGAUGAUGGAGUCCUUAUACCCAAAAACACCACGCUGAUUAUUUCGAGAAUCCCCAUUGCACAUCCCGCCAAGAAGGGCUGGGAGCCGCCGGCAGCAGCAGACAAUGCCUUUCCUGCUGCCACAAGCAAGCAGGACGCCUUCAACAUGGAUCUGUCCAAAAUGCAGGGCAGCGAGGAGGACAAGAUCCAGGCAAUGAUGAUGCAAAGUACCGUCGACUACGACCCCAAGACGUAUCAUCGCAUCAAGGGUCAGUCACAAGUUGGAGAAGUUCCUGCAUCCUAUCGGUGUAACAAGUGCAAGAAGAGCGGCCACUGGAUAAAGAACUGUCCCUUUAUACUGGGCAAGGACCAAGUGGAGGUUAAGAGGAACACUGGCAUACCCAGAUCGUUUAGAGACAAACAGGAUGCAGCCGAAAGCGAGACCUCAAAUUUUGUGUUGCCGGCAGAGCAAAAUCAGGAGAUACCCGAGGACCUGAUAUGCGGCAUUUGCCGGGACAUUUUCGUUGAUGCCGUCAUGAUACCCUGCUGCGGUAGUUCCUUUUGUGACGACUGUGUGCGCACCUCGCUGCUUGAAUCCGAGGACAGCGAGUGUCCGGACUGCAAGGAGAAGAACUGCUCUCCUGGUUCGUUGAUUCCAAACCGCUUUCUGAGGAAUUCGGUGAACGCCUUUAAAAACGAAACUGGCUACAAAAUAAGUGCUGUUAAGUCGGUUAAAAACGAAGAAAAGCCUGUUGUUGUUGUUGAAAAGAAGGAAGUUGAGGAAAAACCACCAUUAAAGGAGGAAGAAACCGAGCCUGAAAAGCCAGAAAAAACUGAAGAGCAAACAGAGGAAACCGAAACCAACGGCAAAAAGGCGCCGAAAUCGGAAUCUCCAGAGCCGCUGCCGCCGCCUCAAACCAAUGAGUCGUCGUUGGCACCAAAGGAAAAAGAUAAAUAUGAUUCGGAUUAUGAAGACAAUAUAACCAUAACCAUGCCUCAGGCGGCUGCUGCCUCCGAUGCAACUGCAGCAUCAACAAGAAAGCAAUCGUCGCCGGGAUAUUCCCACAGGUCCAGUGAGUCAUCUUCGCACCGUCGCGAAUCGGAUCGAAAUAGGACCGAUUAUGACCAUAAACACCACCGUCCAUCGUCCAGAUCAGAGCGGGAUAGGGAACGUGACCGUGACCGUGAGCGGGACCGGGACCGGGAGUCCGGCAAGGGCGAACGGAGCCUUCUGCCGACGCCUAUUGGAACGCUGCCCAGCUAUCAGGGGCACAUGAUGAGCAACGAGUCCGAGGAUGCACGCCGACCGAGCGCAUAUAAACCGCCAUAUAUGCAAAUGCAGCGGGGUCCCCCAGUACCCAUGCACAUGAUGCCCAUGCAUAUGCCUAGCUACAAUAACGGGUACAACAGCAUGGGACAGAGGCCGCCCCUAAGCUACGUGCCGUAUCAGAACCAGCCGCCCGUGCACCCAAUGCGCGCUCCGUACGGCUCCUCAGGCGGAAGCAUGAACAUGAACAUGUCAUCACAACCAUUUCAGUCCCCCAAUUUAGCGUCGAUAUACCAGGGUGUGGCAGCCAAGGUCGGCUCUGGGCUAAUUGACGAUCCUUUGGAGGCCUUUAAUCGCAUUAUGAAGGAGAAGGAGAGGAAAAAGGUGGAUCGAUUUCGGAACACUGAUCACCAUCACAGAUCGAGGUCACCGGACAGGCAGAGGCAUCGCUUCAAAUCACCGGUGUACGAAAAGGAUUCCUCCAGGGAUAAUCACAAGGACAAGAGACCCCGGUCGCGGGAGAGAAAGCGGGAAUAUAGCUACGAACGGAAUACGCGGAAUCAGCGUCCUAGUCGCCAGCCCCUAGAUGGCUCCAAGUCACCAGGUGAUCGCAUUAAAAGGUCUGGUGGGCAUCGUCGCUCGUCGUCACCAAAGCAGGCCUAUAAACCGGAUUACAGGGAUAAACCAUAUAGUACGCCCUUCGCCCCGAAACCAGUGGAUGCUGUGGAGCCACCGCCGCCCGGUUUCGAGUCCCUGCAGCUGACAAACGAUGAGGAGGGGUACAACAGGAAUAAGCCCGUGGCUCCUCCCUCAGAGACUUUACGCGGCAGCAAGGAGCACCAUGGCAGCAGGAGCAGCAAGAGAAGCGAGGAGAGGGGGCGACACGACGAUGAGCUGCCGCGUAAAAGACAUCGGUCACGCAGCCAGAGCAAGGAUCACUCGAAACCGAUGGAUAGCCAUCGCAGCCUGACGCCACCGGUCAAGAUCACAACUCCGAAAAUGAUGGCUGCUGCUGCCCAGUUUCGAGAGCGCGAUUAUUCCCCGAAAACGCCCGAAAGAAGAAUCCACCACGAUGAUGAGUACUUGCCAGCAAAGGCUAAGGCGCCAGGUACUGAGGACGUGGAAAUGGAACAGCAGACUUUGGGUAAGGAGAACAAGGCUAAAAGUCCCAGCACCCAGCAGUCGUCAAAGGAGCGCAAGAAGAAGAAGAAGGACAAGGACAAGGCAGAGCGCAAGAAGAGCAAGAAGGACAAGAGGGCCGCCAAAAAGGAGAAGCUGGAGCAGCGCCAGAAGAAGAGUUCCUCCUUGAAUCGAUCCGAUUCCGACAUAAACAACAGCCUGAUGCUGAACAACGAGACAGACUAUAAGAUGCUGUCCACCUCUCCUCUGGCCAGUCCAGCCUUUGAAAUCGAAGGGGAUUCCGGACGCAGCGCUCCGCAACUUCUUAAUUCCGACAAAAGUCAUGCCUACAUAGACAUUGAUGCCUGCAAGAAAGACGAGAAAGAAGGACGCAGCGAGUCCGUCAGCGUGUCCAAGUGGGAAUUGGACGAAUCGAACUUAAAUCUAGAGUCCGAUUCUGCCGCCAAGAAGUCUUCUGGAAAUGCGGACGACGACCACUCCGAGAUAACCUCGGACGUUCUCCGCAAGGCGGAGAAUGCGAUCUUUGCCAAGGCCAUAAACGCCAUUAGGCCCGUCGAGUUCCAGGUCAUCAUCAACUCCAAGGGCAGCAGCAAGGACCGCUCUGUGGCGAUCAGGAAUGACAAGGAGCGAUCGCCCACACCGCCGCCGAAGCGCACCACCAGCAGCAGCAGCAGCAAGUCGGUGAAGGAGAGACUGGGAAAUAAAGUUUUGCGAAGUCCCACGCCAGACAGAUCCAAGUCCAGGCGAGGCAGACAUGAGGCAGCAGCUCCGGCAGCCAAGAGCUCCGAUGAGAACAGAUCUGGCCGCCACGACAGCCGACGAAGGGAGAACAAAUCCAGGGAUAGGGAAAGGGACAGGGAACGGGAACGGGACAGGCCCUUGCAGGGCAGACGGCAUUCGCCCGAGAACGACAAGCACCGGCGGCCGCAAUAUAAUAAAGAUCGUUCCGACAGCAAACUCGCCAAACAUGAUCAAAUCAAUAGUAGCGAUGACCUGGACCGAAGGGGAUCCAAGUCGAACGAGGGUCGAAUGGUCUCGUCGGUGGCAGCCGUAAAGACAUGUCGCCCAGACAAUCCCUUCAGGAAAUGCAUCGAGACCAGUUCGUCAAACAGUUUAGUUGUAAAAUAUGAUAACACGAUACAAAAGGGCGGAGGAGCCGGAGCCUCCGACGACAGCCUUGAUCAGAGAAAGCAAAAGGACAAGAAGCAAAAGAAGAACACGAAAUAUUCGUCAACGGAAUCGCUGCGUGGUGACAGGCAGCGCAAGGAUUUGAAGAGCAAAAAGAAGAGCAAGAUUUUGAAAAAGAAGAAGAAAUCAAAGAAGUAGGAUUACGACGCUAGGCUAAGCGGAAUAAGAAUUAUAAAUAUGAACUAUAUUGAAGAUUUCUGUGUACAAAUCAAAGAUUUUUAAUGUAUGUAUCCAAAUCAUGCAACUAAGUAUAAAAAAAAAAAACAAAAAACCAUAAAAUAAAAACAGAACUACUCAAGGAAUUUCGACAAAA